AUUUUUUAUUUCGCUUAUUUAGACAAACAAAGAGACAGGGGUGAGAAGUAGGUCAGAGCGAGAGGAAGAAGAAGUACAUCUACGAGAGGAAGCUCUGAAGCUUUCUAGAAAUGGCGUCAAAGCUGCUGUUGAUUACGGUCUUCAUCUUAGAUAUCAUUGCUUUUGGUCUGGCUGUUGGGGCUGAGCAGAGGAGAACCAAAGGGUGGGUUGUUCCAGAUGGUGAAAAGGACUACAACUACUGCGUUUAUAAUUCAGACAUUGCAACUGGCUAUGGGGUUGGUGCAUUUUUGUUUCUUUUGGUAAGUCAGACCAUUAUAAUGGUGGCAAGCCGAUGCUUCUGUUGCGGGAAGCCAUUAAGUCCUGGAGGUUCAAGGGCCUGGGCAGUGAUCCUUUUCAUUAUCUGCUGGGUAUUUUUCUUCAUUGCUGAGGCAUGCUUAUUGGCCGGUUCAGUUAGGAAUGCCUACCAUACCAAGUACAGGACCAUCUUCAGCAUGGAUAACCCUCCAUCUUGUGAGACCGUGAGAAAGGGAGUUUUCGCGGCCGGUGCGGCGUUUGUUUUCUUAACUGCAAUAAUCUCAGAAUUCUACUAUGUGUGCUACUCCAGCGCCAGAGAAAGCUUCCAACCUUAUGGUAGAGAAACUGGUGUUGGUAUGGGAAACUACAAAUGAGCUUCUUCGAUUUAUGAGUAGUGACCAAUUCGCUCGCUAUGUCAUAGAUAUGACUGUCCGAACUCCCCCAACAUCGUUUUUGUCCAUUAUGCUGCUUAUUUGAGACUUUUGAUUUGCAUUUUCAUGGAUGAAGGAUUUGAUCUGUUUGGUAAUAGUCUGUAUUAUAAGCUGUCUUACUAUAAUAUCUUCUCAUUAAUGUUACCAUUAAAUUUUUUCUUCCGUUCAUUGUUAUGCACGUAUUGUUAUAGAAGUUUUGAUAGUGAAAUCAUCAGUUGUGUUAUUGCACUUGUCUUGUAUUAUUAGAACCUAUCUGUAUAGUUUACAUGAUAUUAUGUUAUGUAGUGGUGAUUGACUAUUUGGACCAUUCCGGUCAAUAAAGUAUAAAAGAUUCGUAGUGCAAGGUUUACUUA